AUGCGCCUAGGGCUGCAGGGACCUGGUAUCUGCUUCCUGGGAACCGUGGAGGCUCUGACCCCUGGCCACCUGAAGAAGGCCAAGCUGAUGUUUUUCUUCACUCGCUACCCCAGCUCCACUCUGUUGAAAACCUACUUUCCUGAUGUCCAGUUCAACCGCUGCAUCACUUCCCAGCUCAUCAAGUGGUUCAGCAACUUCCGUGAGUUUUACUACAUCCAGAUGGAGAAGUUUGCCCGACAAGCCAUCUUGGAGGAAGUCACGGAUUCCAAACACCUGAUGGUUUCUCGGGACUCUGAGCUCUUCAGGGCCCUCAACAUGCACUAUAACAAGGGGAAUGACUUUGAGGUCCCUGAUCGCUUCCUGGAGGUUGCUAGCAUGACCCUGCGGGAGUUCUUUAGUGCUGUCAGGGCAGGGAAGGACUCUGACCCCUCCUGGAAGAAACCCAUUUACAAAAUUAUUUCAAAACUGGACAGUGACAUCCCAGAUGUGUUUAAAUCUUCCCGCUGCCUCCAAGAACUACUCCAGAGUUAAAUCUGCAUGGGAAGUGGCCUAAGACUAUGUCAUGCUGCAGCUUGAUCAGAGAGAGGCUGGCCUGAGCUAUGUAGCUGUUGAACCCAGCCUACAUUGUGGGUAAUGUUACUAGUAUAAGACAGCAAUAGCACCAUUUCUUAUGACGAUAUCUAAUCUGGC